AUGCACGCCGACUUUCGGAUCGUGUCUAGCAGGCUUCUGGCGCUUUUUGGCGCCAUAACCUCUGCACGGGCAUUCUACAUACCAGGAUGGUCAAUAAAGAGCUACGUGGACAAUGAAACCAUUCCGUUGGAGGUCAACAAGGUCUACUCGGACAACACCCAAUUGCAAUACGCUUACUACGAUCUUCCAUUCGUUUGCCCACCAACGGGCCAGAAGCAUGGCGGCUAUGCCAGUGGCCGAAGCGUCUCCCUUAACAUUGGGGAGGUGCUUCGUGGGGAUCGGAUUAUGACUUCGGACUACGACCUCUUUAUGGGCCAGGAUACCGAAUGUCAAUAUCUUUGCAGUCGACAGGUCGAUCGGCGAGGCAUAAAGAGGGCACAGGAAUUGGUUGAGGAUGGAUAUGUGGCCGAAUGGAUUGUGGACAACCUCCCAGGGGCUACGAGCUUCGUCACAGUCGACAAGACCCACAAGUAUUACGCAGCAGGUUUCAAAAUGGGUUACAAGGAUUACUCGUCUGUCACUGGGAAGCCCCGAUACUUCAUCAACAAUCAUCUUACUCUCGUUCUUCGAUGGCGAAAGGCGCCAGGACGGGCCGGCGAAAAUGACGGCAAGGUCAUUGUGGGGUUCGAAGUGUACACGAAGAGUAUCGAGGCAGGCCAUAGAGACAACACUGGCUGCCCACAAGACGUUCAUGGCGACACAGACGGCAUGGAGCUUUACAUUGCGCCCAACAAUACCCAUCUGGCUAGCCAAUAUCCUCACUCAUCGUAUCUACCCGCGGACGAUGAUGUUGAUGACGGCUCCACGAUCACAAUACCAUACUCCUACGCCGUCUAUUUCCGCGAGGAUGAUAGAAUCGAAUGGUCAAAGAGGUGGGACUUAUACUUCAACAACCAAGAGGAGAGCACCAGCAUCCAUUGGCUGGCCAUCAUCAACUCGCUAGUGAUCUGUGGGCUUCUCACCGCUGUCGUGGUAAUGAUCCUCGCAAAGACCGUGGCUGGAGACGGGAGAAGGAGUGCUAAGGACGGAGGUUUAGAGGAUGGCAAGAUCAAGCCCAAAGCGAAGAAGCCAAGGACCGGCAACCGAUCACCACGGGAGAAGUCAAAUGGCUUACUUGAUCAGAAGACUGACCCAGAUCUCGAUCAUGACACAUCCUCGGACGAAGAGUUCGUUGAAGACAUCACAGGCUGGAAGCUCCUUCACGGUGACGUCUUCCGCGCUCCUAGCUAUGCCGGCUUCCUAGCCCCCUUGAUAGGUUCAGGCACCCAGCUUGUCUUCAUGACCACCGGUCUCCUCAUUCUCAGCACCCUCGGGAUCCUCAACCCCAGCUUUCGCGGCGGCUUCGUCAGCGUUGGCAUGGGUCUCUUCGUCUUUGCCGGCUUAUUCUCCGGCUAUUUCUCCGGACGAAUUUACAAGACGUUCAAUGGAAAGGACUGGCGCCGGAAUACUCUCAUGACAGCCCUCCUCUUCCCCGGCCUUCUCUUCUCCACAAUCUUCAUCCUCAACCUCUUUGUCUGGGCCCAGGCUUCCAGCACCGCACUCCCUUUUGGCACACUAGUUGGUCUCAUCGCUCUCUGGCUUCUCAUCCAGCUCCCCCUUGUCUAUUGCGGUAGCUGGUUCGGUUAUCACGGGAGCAAUUCUUACGAACACCCCACCAAGACACAUAGUAUUGCUCGCCAAGUACCAGAGCAGCCAUGGUACACCCGAAGCAUCUACAGCAUCUUGCUCGCGGGCCUGAUACCUUUCGCCGUCAUCUUCAUCGAAUUGCUCUUCGUCUUCCGCAGCAUAUGGCAAGAUAAGAGCGGAUACUACUACGUCUUUGGUUUCCUCAGCGUAGUCUCGCUCGUCUGCAUAGUCACUGUGGUUGAGGUCACCAUUGUAGCGACAUACAUACAACUGUGUGCGGAGAAUUACCAUUGGUGGUGGCAGUCCGUCUUCAUAGGGUCUGGCUCGGCGGUCUGGAUCUUCAUGUAUUGCGUUUGGUUCUAUUGGACGAAACUGCAUAUCCAGGGAUUCAUCUCAGGGAUGCUGUUCUUCAGUUACAGCUUCCUGGCUUGUGCUGUCUAUGGCUUAUUGACAGGGACGGUGGGAUUUCUAACGGCUUACGCGUUUGUGAGAAGAAUCUAUGGGGCAAUCAAAGCUGAUUGA